AUGACGAGGAUCCGUCGGCGGCCCGUUGCGCUCCUUUCCGCACUCUUCACGUGCUCGUCCCUGGCUUUCGAGAGCAACUUCUCCUUUUACCCGCCGAAAUCGCAGUCCUGCCUCGACGAGGCGGCCAAGGCAGCCUACUGCAAAGGAGAUUCCGCCAGGGAGAUUAACGUGUGCCUCUGCGGCAACGGCGGCGAUUUCAUCAUCAACUCGGCGAAAUGCGUCGGCCAAAAAAACAAGGCCGACGUCUCGAGCGUUUAUAACAUCAUGUCGCAAGCCUGCUCCGACUCGGGCACGCCCAUGACGGUAAGCCAGAGCGAGUUUUUCAAGGCUGCCAACGGCGAAGACACGACGACGGCGGCGAGGACGACGUCGACGUCGAUGAAGGGUGCGACCAAGACGAGCGCGACGCCGGUGGUGGUGACUAGCGGAGGUGUGACGGUAACGGUGACACCUACGCAGACGGUUGUCGGCGGCGACGACAAGAAAGGCGGCCUGUCGAGCGGUGCAACGAUUGGCAUCGCCGUCGGUGCCUCCGUCGCCGGCGUAGCCGCCCUCAGCGGCCUCAUCCUCUGCUUGCUGCACCGGCGCAAGAAAAAGGCGCAGGAGGAGGCACACCCGAUGCUAUCGCAGCAGGACUACCACCAUCCGUCGCCACCAACGACAUACCCACCAACGGAGCCGUCGCCUGGGUUCGUCGCCUACGGCGGCGCCGAAGCCAAGACGGCCGCCGCCUGGUCGACCUCGUCGCCGGACUGCUCGCCCGUGUACAAGAGUCCUGUGCAGCACACGGGACCGUACGUAUCACCUCCGGCAGAGGCAGUCGCCGAGUUGCCGCCGCAGGGUGUGAUGUAUUCUCAGCAAUCCUUUGCCACCUUCGAGAUGGACGGGACAGGUAGGCAGCCGGUCACUGCGGCGGAGAUGCCUACCACCGAGCCACAAUUCCCAGGGAGGUGA